AUGGAGAGCCCGGCGGAGAACCCCAGCAAGGCGGCGGGGUACCUGAAGGAGCUGAACAAGAUCAUCGAGACGCAGCAGGAGCUGCUGGAGAAGCAGAAGCGGAGGAUCGACGAGCUGGAGCAGCAAGUGGCCAAGUUGUACCACGAAAACGCCUGCCUGCAGGACGAGCAUCACAGACACCUGGCCACAUGCAGGCUGCAACAGGGCAUCCUCCCUGCGUACCCGGCGGGGCCAGGGCCGGCGAUACUGGGGGCCAUCCAGGAAAACCCUGGGAGGCGGGAGAAGUCCGAAGGUGAAAGCUCAAGAAGCGUCAGGACCUCGUUGGAAACAAGAAGCAGCAUCUCAACUGAUCCACUAAGUGUUGAAGGCGAAGCUCCAAGUAGUGAAACUGGCACAUCUUUGGAUAGCCCAUCUACUUACCAUCAAGGACCUAUAACCCAUAGUUCGGCUAUAAGCCCAGAGCAUUACGACCAUUCUGCUUACGGGCUGUAUUCUGUCUCCCCUGGGCAGCAGAGAUCUCGGAGGCCUAAGCUUCAGCACUCAACAUCAAUACUGCGAAAACAAGCAGAGGAAGAAGCUAUUAAAAGGUCAAGAUCACUUUCUGAGAGCUAUGAACUCUCCUCAGACCUACAAGAUAAGCAGGUGGAAAUGCUAGAACGGAAAUAUGGGGGCCGUCUCAUAACUAGACAUGCUGCUCGUACUAUACAAACAGCUUUUCGCCAGUAUCAGAUGAACAAAAAUUUUGAGCGGCUUAGAAGUUCUAUGUCUGAAAAUCGUAUGUCAAGACGCAUUGUGCUGUCCAAUAUGAGAAUGCAGUUUUCCUUUGAAGGACCUGAGAAAGUCCAUAGCUCCUACUUUGAAGGGAAGCAAGUUUCUCUGACAAAUGAUGGGUCAAAAAUAGGAGCCCUUGUCCAAUCUGAAUGUGGUGACCUCGGGGAAUCGGCCACAAUGAAAUCUCCAGCAGCAUCCACUGAUUUUGCUGAUGCUAUAACAGAACUGGAGGAUGCUUUUUCAAGGCAGGUCAAAUCUCUUGCAGAAUCAAUCGAUGAUGCACUAAAUUGCCGUAGUCUACAUUCUGAUGAAGUCCAGACUCCUGAUCAAGUCAGAAGUCGUGAAAUGGAGAGGGAUAGUUGUAGUCAAAUUAAGCCAGCAAUCCAUAAUGUGGAUCACAGGAAACUUGAUGAGAUGACUGCAUCGUAUAGUGAUGUUACAUUAUAUAUAGAUGAGGAAGAGCUAUCUCCACCUCUUCCCCUUUCCCAAUCAGUGGACAGACCAUCUAGCACAGAAUCUGACUUGAGGCUUCGGUCAAUGAACUCUUCUCAAGAGUACUGGUCCAUGACCCACAAGGAUGAUAAGAUAGACACUGAUACAAGCUGCAGGAGCACCCCUUCGCUGGAAUGCCAGGAGCAAAGGAUGAGAAUGGAUCAUCUGCCAUUGCUAACUAUAGAACCACCUAGUGACAGUUCAGUGGACUUAAGUGAUCGCUCAGAGAGAGGCUCAUUAAAGAGACAAAAUGCAUAUGAACGGGGAAUCACUAGUCAACAAGGAAGCCCGAAACAUAUCCCACAUGGUGUUCCUACCAAGAUUAUAUCCCGAGAAGAACAGGAGGCUAGACACAAGCCAAGGCCCAUUGAUAGUCACUUAGCAAUUAAUGGCACAGCAAACAGGCAAAGCAAAUCAGAGUCUGAUUAUUCUGAUGGUGACAAUGACAGCAUCAAUAGCACUUCCAAUUCUAACGACACAAUAAAUUGCAGCUCUGAGUCCUCUUCUAGAGACAGCCUAAGGGAACAAACCUUAAGCAAACAAACGUACCAUAAAGAAACUCGGAACAGCUGGGAUUCGCCUGCCUUCAGUAAUGAUGUUAUCAGAAAACGCCAUUAUAGGAUUGGACUGAAUCUUUUUAAUAAAAAACCUGAAAAAGGAGUCCAGUACCUAAUUGAGAGAGGUUUCGUGCCGGACACUCCAGUUGGUGUCGCCCAUUUUCUCCUGCAAAGGAAAGGACUCAGCAGACAGAUGAUUGGAGAGUUUUUGGGCAAUCGACAGAAGCAGUUCAACCGAGAUGUAUUGGACUGCGUUGUGGAUGAGAUGGACUUCUCAGCAAUGGAACUGGAUGAAGCACUCAGGAAAUUUCAGGCUCAUAUCCGUGUUCAAGGAGAAGCUCAGAAAGUAGAACGACUGAUUGAAGCUUUUAGCCAGCGAUACUGUAUCUGCAAUCCCGGCGUUGUGAGACAGUUCCGAAAUCCUGAUACCAUCUUCAUCCUAGCUUUCGCAAUCAUAUUGUUAAACACAGACAUGUAUAGCCCAAAUGUGAAACCAGAACGCAAGAUGAAGCUUGAAGAUUUUGUUAAGAAUCUAAGGGGCGUAGAUGAUGGUGAAGACAUCCCACGAGAGAUGCUGAUUGGAAUAUAUGAGCGAAUCCGCAAACGGGAACUGAAGACAAAUGAGGAUCAUGUAUCCCAGGUCCAAAAGGUCGAAAAACUCAUCGUAGGAAAGAAACCAAUUGGAUCUCUGCAUCAUGGACUUGGUUGUGUUCUCUCUUUACCCCACCGGAGACUUGUUUGCUACUGUAGGUUGUUUGAAGUUCCAGACCCAAAUAAACCUCAGAAGCUUGGUCUGCACCAGCGAGAAAUAUUUUUAUUUAAUGACCUCCUUGUGGUCACCAAGAUUUUUCAAAAGAAGAAGAAUUCGGUCACGUACAGUUUUCGACAGUCCUUUUCCCUCUAUGGAAUGCAAGUUCUUCUUUUUGAGAAUCAGUAUUAUCCGAAUGGCAUACGGCUUACAUCAGCUGUUCCAGGAGCAGAUAUCAAAGUCCUAAUAAAUUUCAAUGCACCUAAUCCUCAGGAUAGAAAGAAAUUUACGGAUGACUUGAGAGAGUCUAUUGCAGAAGUUCAAGAAAUGGAAAAGCACAGAAUAGAGUCUGAGCUAGAAAAACAGAAAGGUGUGGUACGUCCAAGUAUCUCCCAGUGCUCCAGCCUCAAAAAAGAAUCUGGCAAUGGGACGCUGAACAGAGCCUGCCUGGAUGACAGCUAUGCCACUGGGGAGGGACUGAAAAGGAGUGCACUCAGCAGCUCCCUCAGAGACCUCUCUGAAGCUGGCAAGCGUGGGCGUCGCAGCAGUGCAGGAUCGCUAGACAGCAAUAUGGAAGGGUCCAUCAUUAGCAGUCCUCACAUGCGCCGAAGAGCUACAUCAACCCGAGAGUGUCCAUCUCGCCCUCACCAGACUAUGCCUAACUCUUCCUCACUCCUAGGUUCCUUAUUUGGUAGUAAAAGGGGGAAGCCACCUUCCCAAGGCCAUCCACCAUCUGGCCCAUCGCAGCAGCCUCAGCACCCACCUGUAAUCCCGCAUCAGCAACACUCUCAGCAUCCUUCUGCCAUGCACCAUGCAGGGCCAGCUGAGGGGCAGACGCAGGCACAAGUGCACACUCACCAUUCACAGUACUGUCACAUGCAGCAGAACCCACCCCCUUAUCAUCACCAUCACCACUAUCAUCCUCCACAGCACAUCCAGCACACGCACCAGUACCACCCACAUGUGCCUCAUUCCCAGCAUGCGGCGCAUUCUUCUUACAUGCAGCACCCUCAUUCACAACAUUCCCAUCCUCCAUUGCCCCCUCCUCAUCCUGGGCACUCUUCUCAUUCCCAACAUGCUCAGCAUCACCAUGGACAGUCAGCUCCUCCUUCCACUUCAGCCAGCGCUAAGCCCAAACACAGUGGCAUCAGCACAAUAGUCUAG